AUGGAUCUACUAAAAACAGAUAAGACCAAUCCUCGUGGUAUUCCUGAAGCUCCCUUCAUUGAUAAAGUAGAAAAGUUUGUCAAAGAUGCAGAAACAGAUUUCGAUGAUGUCAUGAAAGCAUUCCAAGAUCGUUUGCAACAAUAUAAAUAUAUGGAAUUGUCCAAAAGAAAUCAAUUGGCAGAUUUAGACUCCAAAAGACCUGACAUUGAAAAGAACUUAGAAAUUAUCAACCAUUUGAAAGAAAAACAAGAUAACGAUGAUGAUGAUGAAUCCAAAAUAAUAGAAACCAAUUAUGAAUUGAAUGAUUCCUUAUAUACUGAAGCUACCAUCAAUACCGAAAAUUUGAAAUCUGUAUAUUUAUGGUUGGGAGCGGAAGUUAUGUUGGAAUAUCCAUUAGAUGAAGCCAUUGAACUUUUAGAUGAUAGAUUGAAGAAAAACUUGGAAAACGUCGAAAUCAUCAAAGAAGAUUUGGUCUUUUUGAAAGAGAAUAUUACUACCAUGGAAGUAAACACUGCCAGAUUAUACAAUUGGGAUGUGGAAAGAAGAAGAAAUAAAGUUGAAGAAGGUACUAAGAAUCUUAAAAUCUAA